AUGAAUAUUUGCUGUUUGUCCAUUGUAAGCCUCAUCCUCUAUGGCCUCAUCAAUGACAGUUUUAAGACUCCUGUGCCAGCCUUCAUCAUCUUCAGUAUCAUUGUUGUUAAGAAAGUGACCAGGAGUUUAGAUAGUACAAUGAGCUUUAAAUGCAAGGCCAUCCUGCUAGGAAAGGAAAUGACUAAAAGGUAUGGUUCCUUUCUACUCCUUAUUAUUUGGAAUAGAGCAUAUUGUAGCUUCUAUAUCUCUACCUGGCUGUCUAAUGCAGAAAACCUUUAUUGUCUGCCUGCUAGAAUACAUCAUGUAGACCUAAACAUAGGGUAUAUGAAUGCCAAAAUUGUCAAUGAAGUUCUAGCUCUGCUCUUGUCAAUCUUCAUUACUGUCAUUUUCAGCUUUGACCACCUCAGGGUUGGCCUCAAGAAUGUAAUCUUCAAGGAUUAA